AAUUUGUGUGUUUCAGGUGGGAAUGAAGGCUCUUAUCCUCGUGGGUGGGUAUGGUACACGAUUACGUCCGCUUACAUUGACACAACCGAAGCCGCUGGUUGAAUUUGCCAACAAGCCCAUGAUGCUUCAUCAGAUAGAAGCACUUGCUACUGUAGGAGUAACGAGCGUGGUUUUAGCUGUCAGCUAUCGUGCAGAGCAGUUAGAGCAGGAGAUGAAGGUGCAUGCCGAAAGAUUGGGAAUCCAAGUUCACUUUUCCCUAGAAGAAGAGCCACUAGGAACUGCAGGACCGUUAGCUUUAGCAAGGCAGUAUCUGGAUGGCGAUGAACCUUUUUUUGUCCUCAAUUCUGAUGUGAUCUGCGAAUUCCCCUUCCAAGAAAUGAUUGAUUUCCAUUUAUCCCAUGGAUCGGAAGGAACAAUAGCUGUAACACAGGUAGAGGAGCCAUCGAAGUACGGUGUGGUUGUAUUCGACGAGCGCAGCGGGAUGAUUGCGGAAUUCGUGGAGAAGCCACAGGAAUAUGUGGGCAACAAGAUUAAUGCCGGGCUCUAUAUGUUCAAUCCAUCUAUUCUCGAUAGAAUACCACUACGUCCCACGAGUAUUGAAAAAGAGGUAUUUCCGAAAAUGGCAGAAUGUAACAAUCUGUACGCUUUUGUGCUUUCUGGUUUCUGGAUGGAUGUGGGACAACCAAAAGACUUCCUAAAAGGGAUAUCGCUUUUUCUUGAACAUAAGAGGAGAACAGAUCCCUCAUUCCUUUCCAAAGGCGACUCAAUACAUGGAAACGUUCUCAUCGACUCCACGGCUAGUAUUGGAAAUAAUUGUCGCAUAGGACCCAAUGUGGUCAUUGGUCCCAGAGUUCGUAUAGAGGAUGGUGUAUGCUUACGACAGUGUACUAUAUUAUCUGAUUCGAUUAUCCAUACUCACUCAUGGAUAAAUCAAACAAUUGUUGGUCGAAAGUGCUCCAUCGGACGAUGGGUGCGCAUAGAGAACAAUUGUGUCAUUGGAGACGAUGUUGUAGUAGCCGACGAGUUGUAUCUCAACGGGGCACAGGUUUUGCCUCACAAGUCAAUCUCAAGUAAUGUUCCUGAACCUCAAAUCAUCAUGUAGUAAGAACCCGAUUUUGGGAUUGUAAGCACUUUCGGGAUGGUCUUUUGUCAAAAUUCAUUCCAUUGGUAUAGUCAUUGUGAUACCUGCUGUGAUUUCUAUUAUAUAUGCCAUUUUUUUCGCUUUUGAAGUGAGAAUUGCCUUAAUGCUCUUUGGAUGCGAUAUGCCUCAAUUAUCAUUUCUGUUAGGAUUCCACUGUUCCAUGUUGAUAGGGGUGGUAUGAACCGUGCAAUUGUUAUCAUCUUUGUUGUUCUCCUUUUUAUUUUAUGUUGUUACUGCUUCUAAUUUAUUAUCAACAAUGUUUUUAUCC